AUGCCCUCAUCACUGUCCUCAGCUCGAGUCGACUCAAAGGCGCUGCAUGCCUUCAUCACUGUCCUCAUCACUGUCCUCAUCCCACUCUGCUUCCUUUUCUCUUCCUUCAGCCGUCCUCCCUCUCUCCCCCUUCCCCCAUCCUUCCCCCUCCACCUCGAGUGGCGCAGCACCCUCCCUUUUGUCCUCAUCCUCACUGGCGUCCACUCCUUGCCGUCCAUCCCCCGCCUCCUGCCGCCCAGCACCCUCCCCCACCUCCACCUCUCCACCUUCCGCCUGCCCUCUCCGCGCCUCCUCCUCGACCCCCUCCUCCUCUCCGCCCUUCUACAGCCCUUGUCCUCCCCUCCCUCGCCAUCACCACCGAUCCCUGCAGCAGCAGCAGCAGCAGCAGCAGCAGGAGUGGGAAUAGGAGGAGCAGGAGGAGGAGCAGGAGGAGGAGCAGGAGCAGGAGCAGGAGUAGGAGCAGGAGCAGGAAGAGGAGCAGGGACAGGAGCAGCAGCAGCGGUGACGGUGCCAGUAGUUCUCUCGCACUCAGCCUGGGCAGCACUGUGGGAGUCGUUUGAGCUGCACGAUGGGUCCAUGCAGGGGCUCACGCGCUGCCUCAAGGGGCUCACGCGCUGCCUCAAGACCCUCCUUCACAACCACUUCUUCAGCGCACCCUCGCUCACCACAGGGGGUGCAUCCGACCCUCCUCCCGGGUCUGCCCUCCAUAGCACCGCUGCAGUGCCACCUGCAUCAGCUGAACCUGCCGCUGCUGCACCUCCCCCAGUCGCGCCUCCCCUGCUGAGCCAAUGGGCGUCCGCUGUUGAGGUAACUGUCUCACACCGCUGGCCUAACCCCGUGCAUGUGACCUGCCUGAGUCAUACUGCUCCCUGUGUUCCUUUGUUUGUGUCUUCCCACCACUGUCUCUCGUCUCUCCUCCCUCCAUUGCAAGAGUUGGAAGAGGUGGAGAGGAGGCACACGGGGAAGGAGAGAAGCAACGGGCAUCCAGAAAAGCUGCGCAAAAUGACAGGAGAGGCAGGGAAUGCAGGGGAGGAAGGGGAGCCCCUCCGCCUGGUUCAGCAGAUUCAAGCCUCUGUGGAAGCAGCCGUACGCCGAACCAAAGCAGAAAGAGCAGCAGCAGCGGCAGCAGCAGCAGCAGCAGGAAAGCGGAAAGGAGGAGAUUUGAGGGUUGAGAAUGAGACGGAGAGUCGGAAUGGCGUGGACGGUACCAAGCUCAGAUCCGGCAAUUCGGCUAAGGGAGGGUUAGCUGGGGGAGGGUCAACAGGAGGAGCUGCGGUGAAAGGAGCAGAUGGUUUGGGUGGGAAAGGCAUGAAAGGAGGGGUGGCAGGUGCGGAUGCUGCGAGUAUGGCACAGAGGGGUUCGAGUGCUGCGAUGAGGAGAAGGUGGGUGGAGAGGGAUGAAGUGCGGGCCAUGCUGCUCCAAUCAGCGGCGGCACCACCGGCAUCAGUAGCGUCAAACCGUCCCGCUGCACCCCGUCCUUCUCUGCAGCAUGCAGCAGCCCGUGCUGCUGCCCCCCCAAGGUCGCUGUGUGACCAGCUGCUGCCACACGUGGCAGGGAAGCUGCAAGCCCUGCUGGCGUGUCUCGUGCGCCUCUGUGCAGCAGACUGGUCCUCCCACCCACACCUGCAGCCGUUCAUCGCUGAAGCCCCUGCCGUAUUCUUUCUUUCCCUCCCUCUCCCCUCCUCACUCCCCUAUCUUUCCCCCGCUCUUGCUGACCCCUCCCCCGCCAGCCUCUGUGCAGCAGACUGGUCCUCCCACCCGCACCUACAGCCGUUCAUAGUCAAAGCCCCUGCAUCCCUCGCAGCCUACCCUGCUGGGGCCGCUGUGCUCUCCUCCCUCCGCUCUGACCUCUCCUUGCAACAGCAGCAGCAGCACGAGGAGGAGGAGGAGGAACAGCAACAGCAACAGCAACAGCAACAGCAGCAGCGCGGAGUUCAAAUGCAAUUGAUGGAAGCGCGAACAGCUCUGGAUAUCAUCAGCUUCACUAAACGGCCAUCUCAGAAGGAUCUUAUGCCGCCGCCCCUUGAGUCAUCUCAGAGGCCGCCUCUCAAGGCCCCUCACAAGGCCCCUCAAAAGCAUAUCGUGCCAGCGCCCUCACACAAAGAUCACACUUUGGGGGUGACUGAAAAGUCGUCUCAAGGAGGUGUGAUACCCGCAGCGUCGACAGCGCAUGACACGGGUCGCCUGUACUCCCUGGUGUGCGCCAUGCCCGACGCCCCACAAAAGGUCUCAUCUGAGGUGGCUCAGAAAUCCCAUCCGCUGGCGGUCAUUCUUGCACCAUCCUUGUGGCAUCUUGAGUGCGGCUUCAGCGUUGCACCCCCUUGCCAUACGUUGCCCAUGCACCUCCCCUCGCACCCCCCCUCACCCCGCAGGGCUCGCUUCCUGGCAGCAGCAUCAGAGCUGCAGGUGCUGGGAGUGCUGCUCGUAUACAUGUGGCCCCCUGCCCGGACUCAGUUCCUGGCAGCAGCAUCGGAGCUGCAGGUGCUGGUAAUGCUUCACCCGAUAAACGUGUCUCCCUACCCUGCUCUUGCAGCGUCGGAGCUGCAGGUGCUGGGAGUGCUGCACCCCUCCUCCCGCCGCCGCACUCGCUCCAUGCACCGUGCCCUGCUGCCUUGA